AUGAUCUUCACAUCCAAAACAUUUACUUAUAAAGCCUACACUUAUACUAGCAGUACAAGUGGUAUUAACCUUGAUGAUAUUACUAUUAAGUUAGACAAACAAAGGGAUGGUACCUACAAUAUUUCACCUAAUAAGAUCUUAGUCAAAAUCCACGCAGCUGCUUUGAAUCCACUUGAUGUUAAAUUGUAUAACGUGUCUGUAUGGCCCCUCAACUAUUUUCUAGGUAAAAGAGGUCUUGGGGAAGAUUACAGUGGUACAAUUGUGGCUAUUGGCGAAAAGGUAAAAAAGAAUGGUAAGUUUAAGGUCGGUGAUUUAGUACAAGGACUUGCUUUUGUUUUUAUUCCAAAUGGUACAUUCAGUGAAUAUAUAUUAGUUGAUACAUCUAAUAGUGCUGAAGGGGAACUUACACACGCUCCAAAAAAUAUUUCUUUAACGGAUACCUGUGCUUGGCCUGAAGUGUAUGCCAGUAUUCACAAAAUGACAGCUGGAGUAGAUUUACAAGAUAAGAAAGUUUUGGUUCUUGGAGGUGGUAGUUCUGUUGGUAGAUACCUUAUCCAAUAUUUAAAAGUGAAAGGCGCCAAAGAAAUUUAUGCUACUGCGUCUCCAAGAUCUGAAACAGUGGUUAAAGAGUUAGGUGCAAAAGGUACAAUUGAUUAUACAAAAGGUCCAAUUCUUAAUUCUGUUUUAGAAUUGGUUCAAAAGACUGAACCAUUUGAUAUCAUUUUAGAUUGUGUCGGAAGUGAUGAGUUAUUUCCAAAGAUUAAAUAUCUCUUCCCCAAAUUAGGAGGUCAUUACGGUACUAUUGUUGGUGAUUCUGUGGUCUAUAAAUUAUCACUUUCAAGUGUCUUAGCCGUUUCAAGAAGUAUUAGAAGAUCAAUCUUGUCAAAAUAUAAUAGAUUACCUUAUACGUAUAGGUUACUGUUAGGUAAAUAUGAUCCCGAUUGGAUUGAAAGUGGUAGAGACUUAAUUGAAGAAGGUAAAGUGAAACCAUUUAUUGAUAGUUAUUAUAAGUUUUCUGAAUUGGACAAAGCUCUUGCACGGUUAGAAUCAGGUAAAGUCAGUGGAAAGGUUAUUCUUAAAGUUGAAGAAGAUUAA